CACACAUCAAACGCAACAUAUGCGGUGAUCUGCUGCUUGCAGACAGACGUUGAGGCGUGAUUCCCUUUUGGACUUGAACUUCACCCUUUUGCCCUGAGCCCUCUUACGCGAUAUGGCCUCUUCCAGCGCAACGUCCAGCUCCCUCGAGGCCAAAAUCGUGGUCCUUGGCGCUCAAGGCGUCGGCAAGACCUCGUUGGUGCACCGUUUUGUGAAGAAUACUUGGAUACCGCAUUCGAAAGCCCAAUCAACAGUGGGAGCUUCAUUCCUCACCACACGCGUCAAUGAUCCUGAAAGCGGCACCAACAUACGAUUGCAGAUAUGGGACACAGCAGGCCAGGAAAGAUUCAGGAGUAUAUCACGUUUAUACUAUCGGGGAGCCAACGCCGCCAUAUUAUGCUACGAUGUCACGAGUAAGAGGAGUUUCGAGGAAAUGGGUAGCUGGCUGCAAGAGCUAAGAGAAAAUUGCGGAAUCGAGGCCGAAGAGGACAUGAUACUACACAUUGUCGGCACGAAGAGUGACCAGGUCGCUGAAGACCCUACAAGGAGAGAAGUGCCAUUUGAGAGAUGCAUCGGAUAUGUGGCCGAGCAGCUGUAUCCUGCUGCCAUAGCACCGGCUUCGAAAGAGCAGGCCGGAGGUAGGCCAGCCAUCAAUCGAGGCCGUCUGGAACCCGGCACAAAUGUCAUCAACAGUCCGCAUAGCAAUCGGAGCUCUGGCUUCUGGGGCCAGGAGCAGAUUUGGGAUUGCUGUCAUGAGAUCUCGGCGAAAGAUGGCGAAGGGAUUGAGGAGGUGUUUCGUGUCAUUACGAGGAAACUGGUAGAUCAGCAUACGCAACGAUUGGCGAGACAACAAAUGCUGGAAGAGACGUCGAACGGCAAGACGCCCGGAACGGAUGUUUGUACGCCCGGCUGUUACUUUGAUCUGCCGAAUGGAGGCAGUGGAAGCUUCAGAGUCGGGCAUGGAGACAAGAGAAAGAGCUGGUUGGGAAGCUUGGCGACGCCGGGCGGCGUGACGAGUCAUGGCGACGAAGAGUUUCAAGAUGAAGUCCAUAAGGGAAUGAGGAAAGGGAGAUGUUGUUGAAGAUGGCAUGGCAUGGCAUGGCAUGGGACCAAGAUGUAUACGUAUGAAUUCUGAUGGUAAGCGAUGGCGCUGAGGAGUUUGGGGUGAACUUGAACACGGUAUGGCAUGUGUACAGCUUCUUUAGGGACUCGGAACAUGGCGACGUUCAGACGAGAUAGAUGGUUCUUUUCUUCGGCGUUCAGGGCUGCCGCGGAGCUUGUACAUCUAGCGCUAGCGAUAGCGCUGCUGUUCCGAGCGCACGACCACGGAACGACAGACUACAGACGACAAACGACAGACGACGCUUAGAGAGGCAAUCGCCUUGCAAAUCCAUCUUUUUCGCAC